AUGCCGAUUGUUUGUCCAAUCUUACAUUUCUUAACUUUAUUGUUAACAGUGAUCAUAGUUUUCAGUUGUGAACAUCAGUCACCUAUUAUAAUAGUGAAUACAUGGCCAUUUUCAAAUGCAACCGAUGCUGGAUGGAAUAUCCUUAGUCCAUCGAAUUCCAAAGUAUGUGGUUCAUCAAUAGAUGCUGUCGUUGCUGCAUGUACAAAUGCAGAAGAUGAUCCAAAUAUUGAAAGUGUCGGUUAUGGCUGUUCACCUGAUGAAAGUGGACACACUUUAUUAGACGCAAUGGUGAUGGAUGGUAAAACAAUGGAGGCUGGUGCGGUAGCAUCAAUGCCUGAUAUUCGACAAGCAUCCCAAGUGGCACGUGAUGUCCUAUUAAGCACUCAACAUACAUUACUAGUUGGGCCACUUGCAGCAGAAUUCGCAAAGUCAAGAGGAUAUAAACCAACUUCGUUAGAUACGCCUAAAUCACAUGAUUUAUGGCUAAAAUGGAAAAACAAUAAUUGCCAACCAAAUUUUCGUAAAUCAUCAAAUUGGAUUCCAGAUCCUAAAAUAUCAUGUGGACCAUAUAGAUGGAACGUUUCUGAUGUUAAUUUACUUGAAUCGAGUGAUCAACGUGUCAACAAAUUAGAUAUCAAUAAUCAUGAUACAAUUGGUGUGAUUGCUUUGGAUGCUUAUGGUUCAAUGGCUGUCGGUACAUCAACCAGUGGGUCAACAUAUAAAAUCCCUGGACGUGUUGGAGAUUCACCUAUUCCUGGAGCUGGUGGUUACGUCGUGAAUAAUAUUGGUGGUGCUGUUGCUACUGGUGAUGGAGAUCUUAUGAUGCGCUACCUAUUGAGUUUUCAAGUCGUUGACUACCUUCGUCAAGGAAUUGGUCCAAAUGAGGCUUGUAAAAGAGCUUUGCAAAGCGUGAGAUCGCCAAAAAAAUGGUAUGGAGCUUUAGUCGCUCUUACAAGUCAAGGUGAACAUGGAUCAGCUUGCGUAGGAUUCGCUAAUUUCAAGUACAGUGUUCGAGCUUCGUGGAUUGGUAAUCAAACUAAAAUAAUUGCUGUAUCUUGUACUGAAUUAAAUGAAUUAUGA